AUGAUUCAGACUUCCCUAGAUGAUUCUGUGACACACUUUAGCACUACCAUUGACGCCCUUGCGGCUAGGAUAGCGGUGUGUGAGCGUGGCCAAGGGGAAACCGAGGAGGUGAUAACCUUAAAGGCCGCUAUUGCUAUGUUGAGGUGUGACGUAGAUCAACUGAAGUCCACCGACAUGUCCAUGAGCUUCGGGAUGGUGGAGAUUCCAGAUGUACCAGAUAUGCCUCCAGCUACCGCCGAAGAUGAGAUUAGAGUUGAGGAAGCAGCUGAUCAUGAGUCUCAGGUGGAGAUUGAUAAGGAGAUGCUCGAGGUUGCUGAAGAAGCUUCAUAUGAGUGCCUUACUGAGACUGAAGAGGCCAUGGUAGAUGUUGCUGUGUAG